UCUCAGGAUGUCCGACAACGACUUGGAACUCUCCGACAACGACUCGGGACCCCCUGACAACGACUUGAGACUCUGCGGGCAUUUGAUCAGGAUGCUGCUUUAUCUCUUUAGCCUGACUUUUUGGGCUAUUGGAAUUUCGAUAACAUGGAUUGGUGCCAAAAUUUACAUGCAAUAUGGAGCAAUUGUAAAGUUGGAUAUUGACAACAAAUACGGAUGGUCAAUAGCGAUGCCAGCAUUAAUCAUUGCAGUCGGCGGCAUUGUUUUCGUUGUGCCUUUCUUUGCCUGUUGUGGAGCAAUUCGGAAGAACCGUUCUCUUCUCUAUACAUUUGCUGUUAUAUUGAGUUUUCUAUUUCUUGUAAAUCUGGCUGCUGUCAUUCUGGCUUUUGUGUACAAGGAAGAGAUCAAAGACGAUCUUGGUACUUUGAUGAAUAGUACACUCAGUGAGUAUGAGAGCAAUGAAGUGAUUAAAAGUGGUUGGAACAGUCUGCAAGCUGAUUGGCCAAAAUGCUGUGGGAUCAACGAGCCACAGGAUUGGAUAAGAGUGAUUGACAAGAUUCCUGAGAGCUGCUGUAUUGAUACGUCUCUUAACUGUACAAAUCCUGACUCUGCGGAUGUUCGGCAAAACGGAUGUCUAGGUGAUAUCCACGAUACUAUCGACAAUCUCUGGACAUAUGGAGGAGGAGUAGCAGGUGCACUGUUGUUUUUUGAGAUAUUGGGUGUUCUGAUGGCUUGCAAAUUGGCCAAAGACUUCAUGUCUGCAUACCAAAGUUUGGAUAAGAAAGUGAAUUGUCUGCCUUGAGAUUAUAAAUUUGGUUUUUGAUUAAAGUUGUGUUUUUACUGUUUUCUUAAACUAUGUCUGUUAUAAAUGGUAUGCAG